AUGAAUCACGGGAACGAAGCCAGUUAUGCUCUGGACAUGUGCUCGCACUUCGACGCAGACGAGAUUAAGCGUCUGGGCAAGCGCUUCAAGAAACUCGACUUGGACAACUCAGGCUCGCUUAGCGUGGAGGAGUUCAUGUCUUUGCCAGAGUUGCAGCAGAACCCUCUUGUGCAACGCGUCAUAGAUAUAUUUGACACAGACGGCAACGGAGAGGUGGAUUUCAAAGAAUUCAUUGAGGGCGUCUCUCAGUUCAGCGUCAAAGGAGACAAAGAGCAAAAGUUACGAUUCGCUUUCCGCAUCUACGACAUGGACAAAGACGGUUACAUCUCCAACGGUGAACUUUUCCAAGUUCUGAAGAUGAUGGUGGGCAACAACCUGAAGGACACGCAGCUGCAGCAGAUCGUCGACAAAACCAUCAUUAAUGCCGACAAGGACGGCGAUGGGAGGAUAUCCUUCGAGGAGUUCUGCGCGGUGGUGGGUGGCUUGGACAUUCACAAAAAGAUGGUGGUGGACGUGUAA